AUGUCGCUAAUUUUCCUAUUUCACCUGACUUUCGUUCCGUUUUUUUUUCUUUCUUUCUAUUUUCUUUCUUUCUUUCUUUCUUUCUUUCUUUCUUUCUACCCUCUUUUCUUUCUUUCUUUUUUCUUUCUUUCUUUCUUUCUUUCUUUCUUUCUUUCUUUCUUUCUUUCUUUCUUUCUACCCUCUUUUCUUUCUAUUUUCUUUCUACCCUCUUUUCUUUCUAUUUUCUAUCUACCCUCUUUUCUUUCUUUCUCUCUUUCUUUUUUCUUUCUUUCUUUUUUCUUUCUUUCUACCAUCUUUUCUUUCUUUUUUUUCUUUCUACCUUCUUUUCUUUCUUUCUCUCUUUCUUUUUUCUUUCUUUCUUUUUUCUUUCUUUCUACCAUCUUUUCUUUCUUUUUUUUCUUUCUACCCUCUUUUCUUUCUUUUUUCUUUCUUUAUUUCUUCAUUUCUUUCUACCUUUCUUUAUUCUUCCUUUCUUUCUUUCGUCCCCCCUUUCUUUCUUUCUUCGAUAUUUUUAACUUUUAUAUUUUUUUUGUUUGUUUAUCUAUCUAUCUAUCUAUCUAUCUAUCUAUCUAUCUAUCUCAGUCUGUUCAUCUAUCUAUCUAUUUAACUAUCUCAGUUUGUUCAUCUAUCAAUCUAUCUAUCUCAUCUGUUCAUAUCUAUCUAUCUAUCUAUCUAUCUAUCUAUCUGCUUCUGUCCAUAUCUAACUCUCAAUCUAUCUAUCUAUCUAUCUAUCUAUCUAUCUAUGACAGUCAUCUAUCUAUCUAUCUAUCUAUCUAUCUAUCUAUCUAUCUAUCUAUCUAUCUUCUUCUGUCCAUAUCUAACUCUAAAUCUUUUCAUCUAUCUAUCUAUCUAUCUAUCUAUCUAUCUAUCUAUCUAUCUAUCUAUUCACGUCUCUAUCUCGGUUUUUGUUUUCAUCUAUCUAUAACCGCUAUUCUUUUUUUUCUUUUUCAAUAUUUCCUUUCUUUGUUGCAAUCUUUCCUUUCUUUUUCCUUUACCAAUCUUUUCUUUCUUUCUUUUUCAAUAUUGUCUUUCUUUCUUUUCUUAUUUUUUCUUUCUUUUCUUUCUUUCUUUCCUAUCUUUUUCUUUACCAAUCUUUCCUUUCUUUCUAUUUCGAUAUUUUCUUUCUUUCUCUUUUUCAUUCACCUUUCUUUCCUUCCUUUUGUAUAUUUUCUUUUUCUUUCUUUUUUCUUUCUUUCUUUCUUUCUUUCUUUUAUUUCCUUGCUUUCAUUAUUUCUAUCCUUUUUCAUAUCUUUCUUCUUUUUCCUUUUUAUAUUUUUCUUUUUCUUUCCUUUAUCUUUCUUUCAACGUUUACUUUUUCAUUCCAUUAUAUUAUUUUUUUUUAAUUUUUUUAUUACAUUUUCCAUUUCUCAUUCCUUUUUAUAUUUUUCUCUUUUUCCUUCCUUCUUUCUUUCAAUAUUUUUCUUUCUUUAUUCAUAA